ACGAAUGAAAAGCUCUCUCAUUCAUUCUUAUGGCGAUGGCUUUUUGGAGUUGCUCUGCACAGAGGGAGGGACACGCUAUUCACACCCUUUAACUUCCCAACAGUCUUCUCUCUUCUUUAACUGCUUUUAAUUUUCGAGGGAAGAAAUCUUUUUGCCAGGAAGCUUCUUAGACUCGUUAUAGAGCCAAUUUGAAGCCUCAAUUUACGUUUAUUAGCGACUCGACAGAACUUGUUGCUGAUAUUUGGAAGGCUUGUUUGAAGAAAUCAACCAUGUUGAAACAAUCACCUAGUAGAAAUCAGAAGUCAAAAGGCUUCAAGGUGAAGCAUGCAAUACAGAUAUGUCUUUUGCUUGCCAUUUGCAUUUGGUUGCUUUACCAAGUCAAACACUCCCAUGAAAGGAAGAAGGCAUCUGAGGAGAACUCCAGCAAGAUAUCUGAAAAAAUGCAGAGUGGGCAUGAAAUCAUAAAACUUGGGAGGAAGGACCUCCAUCCUCGAGAAGAGGAAACAGAAAGAAAAGAAGAGUUGGAACAAGUGAUAGAAGAGAUAAAACCAGAAGAAAAUGAGGAUGAAGGAAGGGGUAGUGGAGAUGAUGAAAUGGAUGGACAUCAGCAGGGGAGAGUCGAAGAGGAAGAAUCUGAGGAAGUUGAUGAUUUAAUCGAUGAAGAAGAUAGGGAAAGGGAGGGAGGAAGUGAAGAGCUAGAUAGUGAAGGGAAUGGGAACCAAAUUGAGGAUGUAAGCUUUUUUGAAGAUGAAGCCCAAAUUGAAGUUCAAAGGAAUACCCAGGAGGCAAGAGAGGAAAAUUACAAAGGUGAUGAUGCCUCCAGUGCUGUGAUGCAGAACAGCCGAACUAUAAGCACUGAAAUUGGAGGUUUGAGAAAGGUGAAGGAGCAAGAAAUAGAGGAUACAGAGAAGAGUGAAGUAGAUCAGGACAAUGAAACUAGUGGCGCACUAGAAGUUAAGGUCGAUAUAAAAGAUUCAGGCUCAGAGGCGAGCAACAGGGGGAAGGUAGAAAAUGCCGCUUUUGGAGAUGCUCUUCGUGGUGAAAAAGGUUCUAAAUCUGGCUUAGCCAAUUCAGAGAUUGGCUUAAAUUCUUUUAUAUCACUAAAGGAGGAAAAUAUGGAACCAAAAGUGCACAGUGAUUCAACAUUGAUGCUGAUGGAAACCCCUGGAUCUUGGAAUGGAACAGAUAGAUUCCAUGAAUCGAUUCAGGUUAUGGAUAUUACCUCCAGUGCAACCAAUAAGGAGAUGGCAGUAUUAAGUGGUUCUGAGUCUGUUGCACUAAAGGGGACUGCAAACAUUGAUGCAUCUACUUCGUCUGAUGAGAGCGCUGCUUCUAAAACCACCAAGGAAAGUGAGGGUACAGUUUAUAGAAAAACCGAAGAAGGGUCAGAAUCUCAGGCGGAAGAUGAGAAUGAAGAUGCAGCACAGAACGAGUCUUUUGAUUCUUUCUGAAUCCUCAUUCUAUAGCGAAGAUAGGGAUGGGGAUAAUAUUUUGGAGGCUUAGGCGGAUACCAGAAUAAUAUGAAAAUUUGUGAAGAUGAUGCAGAAUGAUGGUUUUCAAUGAAGACGUUGGAUUUUUCCCUUGGGUGUUUCUUAAUUCCAAUGAUCGACAUGUUCAGGGAGAUGAGCAAUUGUACAUGUUCUUCCUGUAUUUGCUGUAUGUUUACCGUUGAUUAGGUGUGCUGAUGAUGAAAACUGGCUCAAUUGAAUUGUUCUAGGAAAUCCUAGGAUUUCAAUAUUAUAAGUAGAUAAUGCAAUAUAUUAAUUAGAUUACA